CUUCUGCACUGAAUGUCUCUCUGUCUGUCUGAAUAUUUGUUAAAAUAAAAGCAAUACUGUAUGAGUGUCGUGUGAUUACAUUUGUCUGGAUUAAAUUAGCAACGGAGUCGGACUGGUCUGACUUCUAAAAUCUGAAUGGCAAUAAGCAAUCUGUCCCUAAACUAACUCCACUAGAUAGAUAAAGAUUACCUAGAUGCACCAAAGAAAAUGUUCCCAAUGACCCCGUUCCUCCACUGUAUCCCACGUCACCCUGCUCACCCCUCUCCCCCUUCUCUCCUCCUUCCAGGCUCCGACUACUCCCCCCCACCGCUGCCGCUGCCGGUGGCGGCGCCCAGUCUGAACGACACCAGCGUUGCAGAUGGAGGAGGCGGCGUGGGUGUCAUCACUGCCCUGGGUGGAAGUGGAGGUGGGCGCGGGCCCCUGGAGGCCGUGGUGGGAGGGGCGGUGGUGGGGCUAGCGGCAGAGCACAUCCCCAGCGGCCCCGGGGCGGCCCUCACCUGGCAGGCGGCCAUCGAGGCGGCGCGGCAGGCCAAGCAGAUGGGUAACGCGGGCGCGCCCAUCUCCACAGCCAGCUCCACACAGAGGAAGAGACAGCACUACACCAACAAGCCCAAGAAACCCGUCAACACGGCCCCAACCAGACCUCCCAGAGCCCUGCUCUGUCUCACCCUCAAGAACCCCAUCCGCAGAGCAUGCAUCAGCAUCGUGGAGUGGAAACCGUUUGAAAUUAUCAUUUUGAUGACUAUAUUUGCGAACUGCGUGGCCUUAGCUGUCUACAUCCCCUUCCCAGAGGACGACUCCAACGCCACCAACUCAAACCUGGUAAGUCACGCCUGACCUGACACAGGCUCUUAUGUCAUGUUGCUAUGGUUAUUACGCUCUGUUUGACUGUAGGUACCA